CAGUUUGGUUAGCUGGUUGGUUGGCUGAUUGGCGGGUCUGGCAUGCUGAAUGGGUGACUGGAAAGGCUUAAAGAAUUUAUGCGUUCUGGUAUUAUUAUUGUCUCUGUACUUUUUUUUGUAGACGGCAGCCAACGCGAUCGUAUGUACGCAUUUCUUUUCGGCGGCUCAGCGUUUAUAUGUAUUUCCCCUCUGACAUCAUUCGCGUUAGAUCAGAUCGUUCAGUGUGUAGGGGCUUAUGUAUUAUUUUGCCUGGGUUUACAUUUUCGUUUGUUUGUAUUUGUUUUGUGUUUGCGAUCCGAUCCGAUGGUCGAAACCAAAAGGCGAUUCCGAAUCAAGCACACUCUCCGCUACCGCCAGUCGUUAAACGUAAUGCUUCGGAACCGGCCUCUGAAAGUCUGGAAAUUGUCGAAUGAGCCGCAACCUCGAUCGCAAGGAUUCGCUAAAGAAAGCAGCAGUACGGAUUAGCUAGCUCCCAGGAUUCCACUAGCCGAGUGAUUCCUUGAGGGGUUACUCAGACAAUCACCACCUCCUCUGCCCCCAACAAUGUAUUCGGCGGUCCGCACUUACGACUACGAGUAUCCCGAAUCUGAGAUGGACGAACGGGAGAGCCUAUACUUUGACACAAUUUCUCUGGCCGACUCUGAGGCGGCCGCCGCGCACCGCAAGUCGAUGUCCCAGUCAAGGAACACCAUAUACCACUCGGCGGUUGACUUGGCCGACAACGAAGGACGUAACAGUCUUCGUUUGGGCGCUGCUGAGAACGCGGUUUUGGCAUGGCAGCCUGGCUACCGCCAGUCAACAGCGCUUGAGCACCUAAGAGAAACGGGAGGCGGUGGUGACCACACGGAUGCGGCCAUUACCGCUCAAAUCCUGGCCCUUCAGAACGGACGCGGCCACCUAUCCACCGGGAUCGGUGUGGGCGUAGGUGGCGGACACGGCAGAAACGGCUCUGGCGGCGCUGACGCAGGAUGUGGUGACGAUGAGGUCUCUAGACGUCUUUUAAGAAAUAGUAGCACCAUUUCUAAUAAAGAUAAGAAAUUGCCAAUAACAUACUCCCAGUGGAAAUCGAGGACGUAUCGACGCUUCGACGAUGGUAAUCGCAGCGUGGACUUUGUGCUUGCCUACAAUGGGGAGAUCCAGUUGGAGGAGCAUCGGCGCAAGCGCGAAAUCUUUGAGACAAAUUUGCGGCGGGAGGGCCUCCAGCUGGAGCACAACAAGGUACAGCGCGUGCACUUCAUUAAGAUCCAUGCGCCGGCGGAGUUGCUUUACCGCUAUGCCGAGAUUCUCAAGAUCAAGGUGCCGCUGAAACCCAUUCCAGGUGAGGACCAAAUCUUUGCCGAGUCCGCGCACGAGUUCAAGUCCUGCUUCACGCGAAUGUGUCGCAGCCUAUUCAGCUCUGUGCAGCUGAACACGGCACUCUUCCCGGAACGAGAGAGCCGCAUUCACCUUGAGUUCAGCCGUAACUACCUGGAUCUGUACGACAAGGAGCAUCCAAACUUCAUCGACGCCAGUACCCGCUACUCUAUUAUCAACUUUAUUCUGCAGCGCCAGCAUUUUGUCGAAGGCGAAGAGAUGGCCGACAACCUGGGCAUCGAGAAGCUCGUCCAGGACGGGGUCUACUCUUGCGCCUACACUCUGCACGACAAAGACGAUCGCGAUCGCUUACUAAAGGAAUGGGCCAACGUCAGCAAGUGGAAGAACCUUCAACCACUGGACCAAAUCAAAGACUACUUUGGGGCCAAGGUGGCUCUGUACUUUGCAUGGCUAGGAUUCUACACCCAGAUGCUGAUACCCAUUAGUGUGCUGGGAAUACUCUGCUUUUUCUACGGAUUUCUUACAUGGAGUAACGAUCCGAUUAGCCGGGAUAUCUGCAACGACAACGGAACCAUCAUGUGUCCACAAUGCGACCGCAGCUGUGAUUAUUGGAGGUUAAAUGAGACCUGUACGUCUUCGAAGUUUAACUAUCUGAUCGACAACAACAUGACCGUAGUGUUUGCCCUGGCGAUGUCGAUUUGGGCCGUGGCCUAUCUGGAAUUCUGGAAACGGUACUCCGCGGGUCUAGUACACCGCUGGGGUCUAACCGGAUUCAAUCACCAUGUCGAGCAUCCGCGCCCGCAGUACCUGGCCAAGAUAUCGCGAUCCGAAAAGCUGUCUGGCAAGACGGAGCUCCAGGACGAGAAUGGCAAACGGUCGAUUCUGGACCCCGACGUGCCCUUCUGGAGCAUCAAGUUCUUGCCAAAUUUUACCAGCUAUAGCAUAAUGAUAUUGUUCAUUUGCAUAUCAAUCAUCGCCAUCGCUGGUAUCAUAAUUUACAGGAUGGCGCAGCGCGCUUCGCACAGCAUUUUGGGCAACGAAAACUCCAUGACGUUCAAAGUUAUGAUACUGCCCAUGACUGCGGGAAUAAUCGACCUUAUUGUCAUCUCCCUUCUGGACUUGGUUUACUCCAGCCUCGCCGUCAAACUGACCAACUACGAAUACUGUCGCACCCAGACGGAGUACGACGAGAGCCUGACCAUAAAGAACUACGUAUUCCAGUUUGUUAACUACUACUCCUCGCUCUUCUACAUCGCGUUCCUCAAGGGAAAGUUUGUCGGCUAUCCGGCCAAGUAUAAUCGCGUCCUAGGCUUUCGUCAGGAGGAGUGCAAUCCGGGCGGCUGCCUCAUGGAGCUCUGCAUGCAACUGGUCAUCAUAAUGGCUGGCAAACAAGCUGUGAACGCUAUCGUGGAGAUGCUUAUUCCUUAUCUGAUGCGCACCUUCAAGGAGCUGACCUAUCGCCACGGCUGGUACAAGAACAACAAGGACCAGCGACUGGUGCCGUACAACCAGUUUACUGAAGACUAUAACCUCCUGCCCGCCGAAAAUAACUCUCUUUAUGCGGAGUAUUUGGAAAUGGUUGUGCAGUUCGGGUUCAUUACACUAUUCAGCUUGGCCUUCCCCCUGGCCCCGCUUCUGGCCUUGCUAAAUAAUGUGAUUGAAGUCCGACUGGACGCCAUUAAAAUGCUCCGCUUCGUGCGACGGCCCGUUGGGAUGCGGGCACGCGACAUUGGAGUUUGGCACAGUAUUAUGACCGUCGUUACUAGAAUAGCCGUAGCCUCGAGCGCAAUGAUUAUCGCAUUUAGUUCGAAUCUGAUACCGAAAAUUGUGUACGCCGCGUCGAUGGGCGACCCAGAGUUGAACAACUACCUGAACUUUACUCUGGCGGUGUUUAAUACCAAGGACUUCCAGGUGGAGCCGCUGUUGGGGGGCAGUCAGUAUGUGAAUGAAACUCAGUGCCGCUACACCGAGUUUCGGAAUCCGCCAUGGGACGAACAGCCAUACAAGCGCCCAAUGAUCUAUUGGAAGAUUUUGACUGGCAGGCUGGCCUUCAUUGUAAUUUACCAGAACAUUAUCAACAUGCUGCAAGGUAUUCUGCGUUGGGCGGUUCCCGACGUCUCUGGCCGCUUGAUGAAGCGCAUUACGCGCGAGAACUUUCUGCUCCGGGAGCAUAUAAUCGACUACGAGAAGCAUCACGCCAUGAAGCAGGCCCAGAUGACGGUAAAUGGCCUGCGUCAGCGAACAACGGACACCCAAGCACCUGGUUACGAUGACGCCACUACUUUCGUGUAAAUAGAGCGGUGUGUUACUCCUUGGUUUCUAGACUAAAACCCGUGUACAUACAAACACUUAUGAUCCCCGCAAUGGGGGCUCGUACUUAAGAUGUUUUUUUUGUACUGUUUGCAUUGGGAAUGCUCAAUGAAUUUGGGACACGGUGCUCUUGAGUCAAGGAACUGCAUUUUUAUAUAUACCCACACGAAUAUUUUUUUAGAUUUUUAUUUAAUUUCCAGUUUAGAGCCAAGAGAAUCCGGUAGUUGGCAGCAAAUGAUUAUACAACUAUAAGUAUAUAAACAUAUAAAUAUUAAAUAUACAUUUCAAUAUUUUAAAAUAAUAUUUUCACGUCCAAAGUGCUUUAACAACGAGGAAGCAUAUAUGAUUUGUGAACAAACCCGUUGCUGAUAGCAAUCUACUUCUAUGAAGCUUACCUACGAAACAUCAUGAAAAAACCGAAUAGAACCUACACCACAGAUUGUGUUAACACUAAUAUUUUAACCAGUGGUCGGCACGGCCCUAUCCCGAGGGCAUAGGAAAUUUCUCUGCUCGAGCUCUGCUCCACACACACACUAUAAA